AGGCGGAUGGUUAGAGGACUUCUCGAAUCAAAAAAGUACCUCAUUAUCUUGGAUGAUGUCUGGACUGUGAAUGAUUGGAAUAAAUUAAAUGUCGUAUUUUCAGAUUGUGGAUGUGGAAGCAGGUUAGUAGUUACGACCAGAGACUUCGAUGUGGCUACUGCAGCAGGAGAGGGGAGCCGUGUCUGCAAGCUUCGGCUUCUAGAUCAAGAAGAGGCCUGGGUGCUUUUCUGUAAGAAGGCAUUUCCGACUGAACCCUGUCCUUUAGAGCUUGAGCCAUUGGCUCGAUCUAUAGUAGAAAAAUGUGAAGGCUUGCCGCUUGCUAUUAUUGCCAUGGGCGGCCUCCUGUCAUUGAGAGACAAGACUGCAUUGGGAUGGAAUCGAAUCUACAAAAACCUGAGCUGGCAAUUGACAAACAAUCAAAUGCUUGAACCAGUAAAGCGCAUCCUGUUGCUUAGCUUCUAUGAUCUACCGUACCGCCUUAAGCACUGCUUCCUGUAUUGUUGUAUGUUUCCGGAGGAUUACGUAAUUCACCGCAAGCAGCUGAUUAGGUUGUGGGUGGCAGAGGGUUUUGUGGAGGAGACGGGUAAAAUUACAAUGGAGGAGGUGGCAGAAGACUACCUGAAGGAACUCAUCCAUCGAAACAUACUUCAGGUUGUUGAGAAGAACUUGUUCGGAAGGUUGAAAGCUUGUCGAAUGCACGAUAUUGUGCGUGAAGUGGCAUUAUCAGUAAGUCGCGAAGAAAAGUUCUGCACGACAUACGAUGAGCUGCAAGAAAGGCAAAAUGGCAAAGUCCGCCGCAUGUCAAUCUACAGUAGUGGCGAAAUUAAUCAUUCGAGCGCAGGUAUGACACAUCUUCGUUCCCUCAUGGUGUUUGAUGGAAACAUGUCUCUUUCAUCCUCUUUAAGUACGAUGGCAUCAAGCUUUAGAUUGCUGAGGGUCCUAAAUCUAGAAAGAGUUCCUAUCGAAAGCAUACCAGAUGAAGUGACUAACAUGUUCAAUUUACGAUAUCUAAACUUAAGGGAAACUAAAGUUAGGGAGCUUCCUGAAUCUUUAUGGAAGCCACAGAACCUUCAAACACUGGACGUCAGGAAUACGGGGCUAGAGAGGCUACCCAGUGGGAUUGUGAAGCUAUGUAAACUACGACACCUGUUUAUUAAUCAAAUGACUAACGUGUCUCGAAAUAGUGUUAAUUUCUUCAGAAGCAUCCCAGUUCCUAUAAGAAUAUGUAAUUUAACAAGUUUACAGACUCUAAGUGCUAUCGAAGACAGAGAAGGGGAGAUUGUUAGAAAAGUUGGGAACUUAACCCAACUUAGAAGUCUUGGCAUUUCUAAGGUCAGAGAAAUCGAUGGAGCUGAGUUGUGCAAUUCAAUCGGAAAGAUGAAACACCUUCUGAAGUUGAGGGUGACUGCAACUAGAGAGGAAGAAACACUUGAAUUGGAAGCACUCUCUCCUAACCCUCCACCGCUUCUUCAUAAGCUUUUCCUGUACGGGCGUUUGGAGAAGAUGCCUCCAUGGCUUAGCUCCCUUGUGAACCUCACUCAUUUGGGUUUAUAUUACUCUAAGCUGAGAGAAGAAGAUCCGCUUUCAUCACUCCAAGCAUUGCCCAAUCUGGUGUUCCUUUUUCUUUGGAAUGCCUAUGAAGGGCAGCAGUUGUGUUUCCGCGAUGGACGGUUUACUAAGCUCAGUAUACUUUCUUUACGGGGUAUGAAAGAACUAAAUCGGAUAGUAAUAGAAAAGGGAGCAUUGGCAACCAUCCAAGAGCUAAUUCUGAUCAACUGUGGAGAGUUGAAGACUCUUCCAGAAGGGAUUGAAUACCUCACCGGACUCCAACAGCUGACCUUAUUGGAGAUGCCAACGGAAUUGACAGAUAGGUUGAAACUAAAAGAUGGAAGCGAGGAGGACCGUAGAAAGGUGGGGCACAUCCCCAUCAUCGAGCGUGGACAGUGGACAGAAGCGGAGGAAUGGGUCACGGAACGACUAAACUAGUCAUCUAUCCUUCAUUCGUUGAUGAGAUCUAUUGCAGUGUCACUCUAGAGUUUUGAGGAGAUUAGCAAGGUGUCGAACAUGAAAAGAAGUAUAAUGCACUUGAUGCAGAGCUGAAGGGCGUGUAGUGACCUCACCAAGGAUGUGGAGCUAAAGGGUGAGAUGCUUCAGAAGCUAUGUAUUUAUAUUGGGUGUAUUUUUAGCAUGGAAUUUCUUGAACAAGAGUCUAUUUCUAUGAUAAGUGCGUUUGCCUAUACAUAAACGUAGCUGGAAAUGGGUUUUAUAUAUGGUGAUGGGCAUUGCUUAAUAUGGUUGUAAUUUGGGGAUGGCUAUGUAUAUUGCAAAACAUGGGUUUUUUUUU